UCCCGCUGGGAGCCCUCAGCCUCCCGGCUUGGCCCCCCCACCAGCACCUUCUCCAUGCAGAGGGUUGGGAGGUUUGGGAGGAUGCCCCUGUCCUACACUUCUGCUCCGAGGAAGGAGGCCAUGGCCGCGGUAUUCCUGCCCGGCAACCUCCAGGACGAAGCCACUUGCUCCGUGUGCCUGGAGUUCUUCAAGGACCCCGUGUCCAUCGAGUGCGGGCACAACUUCUGCCGGGCGUGCAUCAUCAAGAGCUGGAAGGACCUGGAGAUGGACUUCCCCUGCCCGCAGUGCAGGGAGGUGUUCCAGCAGAAGAGCUUCCGACCCAACCGGCAGCUGGCGAACAUGUCCGAGAUCAUCAGCCAGUUCACGCUGCGCGGGGCCAAGGGCGCGGAGGAGGACGGGCUCUGCGGGAAGCACCGGGAAGCGCUGAAGCUCUAUUGCAAGGAUGACCGGAGAACCAUCUGCGUGGUGUGCGACCGGUCCCGCGAGCAUCGCCCGCACGCCGUUGUGCCCGUCGACGAGGCGUCCGAGGAGUACAAGGAGAAAAUCCAGGGCCGCUUGGACUUCCUGAAAAAGGAGAGGCAGGAGCUGCUGGAAUUCAAAGUGAAUGAUGACAAGAAAACCCAGGAGCUCCUGAAAACCAUCGAGAGCGAGCGGCAGAAGCUGCUCUCGGAGUUCGAGAGGCUGCGGCAGUUCCUGCACGACCAGGAGCACAUCCUGCUGGGGCAGCUGGAGAAGAUGGAGAAGAACAUCGCCAAGAGGCAGAACGAGAACAUCACCGACCUCUCCAAGGAGAUCACGCUCCUCAACAAGCUCAUCACGGAGCUGGAGGAGAAAAUCCAGCAGCCCAUGCUCGAGUUCCUCAAGGAUGUAAUGAGCAUCAUAAGCAGAAGUGACGAUGUGAAGUGCCAGAAGCCUGUGCCCGUGUGCACGGACAUGAAGAUGCACAUCUGCAACUUCUCCCUCAAGACCGUCGUCCUUGAGAAGGUCCUAAAGAAGUUCAGGGACAACCUGCGAGAUGAGCUGGGACGAGGUGAAAAAGAGGACCUGACCCUGGACCCCGACUCCGCAAACCACCUCCUCAUCCUCUCCGCCGACCUCAAGAGCGUGAGGAUGGGCUGCAGGAAGCAGGAGCUGCCCGAUAACCCCAAGAGGUUCGACACGAACUCGCGGGUGCUGGCCACCACGGGCUUCAAGUCGGGAAGACACUACUGGGAGGUGGAGGUGGGCGCCUCGGACGGGUGGGCUUUCGGGGUGGCCAAGGAGUCCGUCAGGAGGAAGGGGCUGACGCAGUUCUCCCCCGAAGAGGGGAUCUGGGCAGUGCAGCAGAAUGGAGGUCGCUAUUGGGCUGUCACCUCGCCCCAGCGCACGCCGCUGAGCCUCAGCCAGAAGCUCAGUAAGGUCAGGGUCUACCUGGAUUAUGAAGGGGAAGAGGUUUCCUUCUACAACGCCGACAACAUGCAGCACAUCUUCACCUUCAACGUGGCUUUCCAGGAGAAGGUGUUCCCCCUCUUCUCCGUCUGUUCCACCGUCACCUACAUCAAACUGUGCCCAUGA